UCAAACCCUAGAGAGCAGAGAGAGCCGGCCUUCACCCUCAUCGGCUGCAAAGUCCAAGGUUUUCUCUCGGGUUUCUUAGUGCGGCAAUGGCGACGGCAAGAACUGUGAAAGACGUCUCACCUCACGAAUUCGUGAAGGCCUACUCUGCUCACCUGAAGCGAUCUGGGAAGGUUGAGCUUCCUUCAUGGACUGAUAUUGUCAAGACUGCUACGUUUAAGGAGCUUGCUCCUUAUGAUCCUGACUGGUAUUAUGUUAGAGCUGCCUCCAUGGCUAGGAAGAUCUACUUGCGAGGAGGUCUUGGUGUCGGUGCCUUCCGCAGGAUUUAUGGAGGCAGUAAGAGGAACGGAAGCCGUCCUCCCCAUUUCUGCAAAAGCAGUGGAGCAAUAGCUCGCCACAUCCUUCAACAGUUGGAGCAAAUGAGUAUUAUUGAAAUUGAACCCAAGGGAGGAAGGAGGAUCACAUCCAGCGGAAGAAGGGAUCUUGACCAGGUUGCUGGGCGCAUUGCAGUUGCUGCUUGAAUCAAUCAUUUUACUGGCCUAUAUUGGUCUUAUGUAUUCUUGUUUUAGUAGGUUGAGACUGUAAGAACAGAAAUUAUGUGAGAAAUUUUUGUUCCUUACUGUUGGGUUAUUUUAAAGGUGAAUUUGUUCCGCUUUUGUGCUUUUAGCCGUUGACAAUUUUUGUUGCAAUUUUAUCAGUGUUUUUAUAUCAGAAAUGAAUGGUCGAUGGUUUCCUUUAUCUAUUAA